AUGGCAGAACGAAUCCGUCAGAUCGUGCAGCGAGUAAAAGAUAAAGUACAUUUAGUACAAAUCAACACUAAUAGUCGUGAUAAAAUUGACCAGUUAAUUACCAAGUAUGUACCAGCGACCCGGGUCACGGAAAUGGCAGACAAAUUUAAAUAUGCAACUGUUUCUAAAAAAUUUCAAGACCUGGUUUCUAGGUAUGAAAAGUUCACAGGCGUUGAAGAGAUAAUGGCGAUACAAAAUACAGUAAUUGAAGCUCAGGAAAGAUUUAUUGGUGCACAAGAAAGGAGGAGAGAUCUAGGCAGACAGCUAGCUAGUAUCGAGGCUCGUCUAAAAGAAUUGCAUGCUGAAAUGCAGAAUACUAUGAAAGGAGACGAAAAAUAUUUACAACUUUGCACAGAGGAACACAAGUUAAUAAUACAAGAGCGCGCUCUGCGGACCAUGUUUUCCGACGCUGAAAGAGAAGAACGAGAACUAUUUGCCUCCAUGUCAGGAGCUGUUAAACUGGGACACGAACGGGAGAGGGCACACGCUGAGCGCAACAAGUAUUGGUACAUUGUUGCGUCUAUUUUUGGCACAGUCUUAGGUAUAGCAGGCUCCACUAUAAACAAUCGCCUCAAGAUGGCAGAAUUCCGCGACAUGAUGGAGCAACAAAUGGCGCGUAGUGCAAGUGUUCUGUACACUAUCGCGGGCGGAGGUACUGCGAGCAGAGCUGACAUAACAGAAGCCAUGAAAACUGAAUUCGCUUAUCAGGAACAACUUGCGGAAAACCUCCAAUUGAUGCAAGAGAAUAUAAAUAAUCUAGUCAAUAAACAGGCUUCUUUAAUUGAGCAUUUGAACCAUCAAGAACAUGUGAUAGAAACACAAAUGCGGGAACUGAAACGAUUGGUAGUCGCCGCAUCGCAAACAAGCGCCAAAUCCGAUGCCGAGUUAGCAAAAGCGCUUUCCGCCGUACACCAAGAUUUAGAUGAUGUCGACAAAGACAAAGACGAACUGCAGCAUAAAGUCAUUUUAGAGCCAAAUCAAAUAUUAACAGGCAUAGGCAUAAUAAUAUGCGCCGCCAUUGUUUUUGGCAGCAUUGUCGGACGCAUAAGCUGA